AAACCACUGAAACAAGUUUCAUCGUCAACUGGCAAACUCAAUAAAUCAAAAAUCUCAUCAUUGCAUGCCACACUUUCACAAGCAAAAGAAGUUUCUGAGAAUACUAAACCUAAGGAAAACAAAAAGGCAAAAUAUAAAAAACAGAGAGAAAAGCGACAUAAGUUUGAGUCGAAUGAGAUUAGGUCUGAAGCUUCUUCUGAUUGGGAACGUGACAUUGGCGAUAUCGAAUCCGUAGAAUUAAAGAAUGAAAGGCUUGUCGUCUUUGUUGCAUGGAAUUCUGGAGUGAGAAGCAUGCAUAAUGUAGAAGAAGUGAACCAAAAAGCACCGCAAAAGAUUUUAUCAGCAGCAUCUCAAAAUCAAAAAGUUUGUGAGAAAGAAAAGAUG